AAUACAGAUUUCUGUAAUUAAAUGACAGUUCAGGAUGUUACGGCAUUACAACACAGAUAUCGCUACAAAAUUUUAAUUAUUUUCUUCCUAAAUCUUACAUUUUAAUAAAAUAACAAAUUACCUUAAAGUACCACUUAAUAAUUAUAAUUGUACAUUAUUGUAAUAUAAUCUAGAAUCGUAGUUGACAUGCUGUCAAACGAAAACGAUUUUAAAAGCGUGGUAGCCAACUGCGAAAUAACAAUUAAUGGUUUCUAAUACUACCAACACAAUUUAGAUAAUCAGAAUCGAAAAAGGAAAAAAUAGUAAAAAAAAAUGUCGUUUCCAAGUUUUUUAUUAGAUAUGAAAUCGAUUUCAAUAGAAUCGAAUUCAAAAAUGUCCAUUUUAGCAAGAUGUAUGGGUAAAAUGCCAGAUAAAACCCCAAAAUUUGUUAACACCGGUAUAAAUACAGAUCCGUUAAAUUGGGAUGAAUUCGAAGUUGACAGUCAAAGCCAUUCGCACGCUUCUAAAUUAAAGAAACAGAAUGAUGUGAAACACAUUCAUAUCACCGAUUCAUCGGUACUUCAAACAUCUUACAACUUUGGACAAGUUUUGGGGCAAGGAAGUUUCGGAAAAGUCAUAAGUGUCAGCGAGAAGCAAAAUGGAACCACAUGGGCAAUGAAAAUCAUACCAAAAACUGCUCCGAAAAAAAUGACCUCAAUAAACCGGGAAAUAUUAAUUUUGAAACUAGUUAAACACCCUCACAUUAUUUAUCUGCACAAAAUAUUUGAAUCUACUGAAAAAAUUUAUUUGGUUAUGGAAAAAUGUAUUGGCGAACUUAGGCAGAAAUUUCAAUCAAGAAAACCUUUCACCGAAGGCGACACAAGAAACGUCAUCACGCAAUUAUCGAACGCAGUAGAUUAUUUACACAAAAAUGAAAUCGUCCACAGAGACUUAAAACUCGAGAACAUCCUUCUGGCGCAAAAUCCAAAAAACCCUCAAGAUGACCUUUACAUAAAAGUCUCCGAUUUCGGACUUGGAUUCGUAAAAGGAGCCCACUAUGAAAGGAUGCACGAUCGUUGCGGAACCCUAACCUAUAUCUCACCCGAAAUCAUUAUGAAGGGCACUUACAGCCAACAGUGCGACAUUUGGGCAUUGGGAGUCAUCAUGUAUUUACUAUUAACCGGCGAAUUUCCAUUCUUCUCAAUGGCCGAGUCCGAGUUGACUCGGAUGAUCUGUCACGCGGAACCCCAAUUCACCAGCCUUGGUGCUAGCGUUGAAGCGAAACAUCUCCUCAAGAAGAUGCUCGAAAAAGAUCCUGCUUUAAGGAUAACUGCCGGAGAAAUUUGUAUGCAUCCGUGGCUUCAUGGAAAAUUACUCAGCGAAAAUACAUUGAGUGCUAAUGUAUUAGAUAUGAUGAAAAUGUGGAAACAGGAUAUGAUGGUCCCCAGAGGUUCCGAUUGCGACUGGGCCACAGCCGCCGUACACGAAGACAACCGCGCCGGAGCGGCCGGCUCUGGAAGAACAAAUCGUCAGUCGAUGUCUUUGCCGGUCCAUAACAUCGAGUUUAAUAGGGGAAGAGCUGGAGGAUCAUCCAACAUCAGAAGAACUUCGGCGGAGGGUCAAGAGCAAUCUCAAUCUCACGAACAAACUGGGGCAGCGACAGCAGCUGGGCCUCCUCGUGCUAAUCAAAGACUUUAUCCGGCUCCAACCGGUAAACAGCGCAUGACUCCCGCGAACGCUUUGGGCCGAUAUAUAAAUCAACCUAAUAAUACCAGAAAGGAUGGUCAUCAUAGCAAGAGGAACUAAGUUUUAAUAUUUUAAUCUUUUUUUUUUUUUCUGGGGAUGUCGAUUACUUUUAAAGAAAGUUAUAGAUUGAUCGUUUGUAUCGUAGGGGGGCAAACGGAAUUGGGUUAUUUUUAAAAGUCAAGCCGUUUUAUUUUCGUUUGCGUAAAGUUAAAUUUAAGCUUACCACUACAUUCAACACUAUAUACUUAAAAUAUUUAUUAUAUGUAAUGCGAUAUCAUUUUUCGGUAUCUCUGGGAACGGUAGCUAUUUUUAUUAUUGGUUUAUUUGUAAACUGGUAGAGAUAAAUACCCAUUAUGACGCGUCAUUAUUAGUAGGUCAACUAAUCUAAAAUUGUUGUGAUGAUCCCAAAAAACGGAUAUAAAUAUACCCAUGUACUUUAAA